UUUGAUGUCAUGCACGUGAUUAUCCACGUAUCGUUCACGCUCAAGAUGUGCCCGGGAACUUCAAAUGAAGUGUUUCAGUGGGAAGCGUCCUCUGGCAUCUUCAUUCUUUUUUAGAACCGUGUACAGGUGCCCAUCGUCACGACGUGCGUGCCAGUGGCCAGACUCCAUUGGUCUCUCGAGCAGCUCGUGGUCAUAAUUGUUGACGUGGAGGUUAUUUCAGAGAUUUGUCUUUUAGCUUGGUACCUUUGCUCUGGUGUUGCACAUUUCCCCGAGUCACUAUCCAACAUGAGUGAACGCAGUAUUGAGAGCCAGGAGGGGCCACCCCAGAAGGUCUUGUGCGAUGCCAACCGAACGUUGGUCGAAUGUUCACAAGACUUGAAGACUGCUGAAGUUCGAGGCGCCGAGCAGGUGCACGAAGAGACACCAGCGACUCGGUCUCCAAGUCUAGGGUCGUGGGGCAUGAGCAAACAGCCAAUGCCCAGGGAGUUUAUUACCUAUGCCAUUCUGAGGUUCAUCGACGGGGCGGGCUACUCAAAGCCACGUCCUGCAGCCCAUGCGCUGUAUAAAUCGGGUGAAACGCUCGCGAACAUCUUCCUGCCAGCCGACCAGCAAGUUACCAGCAUGCAACUGCACAACUAUUUUAGCCGAGCAAAGUUUGGAAAGGGACAGCUUGGAAAAUAUCAUGGUAGGGCCAGGACAGCACGAUUCUGUGCACAUGUAAGAGGAUUGGAAAGUGAGUGCCACGCUAUAUUCUCCAAGGCAUCUAAAGAGCCGGCUGAUGUGGACUGGGAGUCCAUCAGCGCCGUCCAAGCAGCUGCCACAGCGGCCGUAAACCAAUGGCGAGCAGGUUUAACCACGCCUGUCAACUCAACUGAAUGCAACUUUGGCCUGGUGGAGAUCUCUGAUCAUGUUAACAAGUCACGAGGCGGGGUGCAAUUCUGGAGAGCAGUUAAAAAAGGCGAGGGUCUGGCACUGUAUAACUACGGACCUGGAUGGUACCGGUUUCCGCGAUGUACUGUGCUUGUGGACGGAGAACAAUUGUCACACAAAGUCCAGGUGAGGGAUGCGUUCACUGACCUGAAGAAUGUGGUCCCAGAGGCCCCAGAGUUGCUGAACAGUAUGGAUAAUCUUAAAAUGGCCAUGUCAAUUGUUGAGAAUGCAGUGGUCUGCGAUGGCUGCAGCUACGCCAAGUAUGAAAAAUGGAUCGAGGAGCGUUACGAGGGCGGGGAUUUCGAAGAUGAAGAUGGAGACUGUGUUGCAGAACUGGAGAAAUCGUGGGUACCUGGUCGGUGCAUACGCACUCUCGCUUGCUCACUUCUACUGCCGGGAAGUGGUCCGUCGGUCUGUGCGGCCUGCGAGGCCAUGGAUGGCACACUGCAGAGCGGUCUGUCACACCACGAGAGCAUGGGCUCGCCACACUGGAAGACACAGUUUGAUCAUCUGAGCCGUGAGGAGUUGAUUGAGAAACUGGAACAGCAGGAAGCUGAGACUAGGCGCCUAGAGCAGGAGAUAGUGUUUAAUGCCUUUAUUAUGGGCAUCUGCGAUCCUAACACAAAGUGGCGUUUAAUGAGUGAGUACGAGUAAAGCCGUGAGACGUGGCUCAGAGUUAGACCAGACUUACUGUUGCACUGUUCGUAAGUAGUCGUGUGCCUGUGAGCCGGAGUUGAAGGCACUGUGAGUAGUCGACAUGUGAGUUGUCACACUGUGAAGUGUCUCCGUGUUGAAUGUCGCUUGUGAGUUGUGUCUCCUCCGUGUUGACUGUCGCUUGUGAGUUUGUCACACUGUGAAAUGUGGUGGUGUUGACUGUUGCUUGUGAGUUGAGUCACCGUGUGAGUUGUCACUCUGUGAAGUGUCUUGGUGUUGCCUGUCAGUUGUGACUUGUUGUCCAGUGAGCUGUCACAGCGUGUAUGGUAACCCCUAGACGAUUAUGGUCAGCACAGUGAGAACCCUGCUUCCCAGUAUGCGUUUCUUAUCCUUCAGAUUGAACUGGAUCAUGCUUUGCCCGUUACUGGGUGAUGCUGUUCUCAGGAUGUGCAGACUUCUUCGUCAGGUCCACCUCACUUUUUUUUAAUCUAUUAUUCUGAUUAUGGCCCAAGCGUGCUGGAUUUAUUCAUUUAUUUAUUCCACGAAUAUGGUUCAAAUACACUUCUUUAUCGUGUCAAA